GUCAUCAGGAAGUAGAUGUCGCGUUCAAAAGCACACGUGUUUGUUUUCAUUUUGACAACUUGACAUAUUGGUUAUAUUCAGGGUUUCUUCUCAAAUAAUUGGCUCUAAAACUAAUUAUCUAAAUACACAUGUUCCAGGAUGAGGCGAGCUCAUAUAGGAAAUGAAAUGGGCUAUCGGCCUCAAACCCAGGUGGUGGAGGAGGACAAUGAAAGACUGGAGGAGGCCCUCACAGGAAAAGUGAAGGCUCUAAAAUCUCUCACUAUAGAUAUUGGCACAGAAGUACGAGCUCAAAAUCAAUUGUUAACAGGAAUGGAUGAUGACUUUGACACAUCAGGUAACCUGCUCCAGACGACGAUGGGCCGCCUCCAGAAGCUGACCCGGGCCGGUCACUGGAAGAUCUGGCUCUACAUGAUUCUCUUCUGCGUCUUCGUCUUCACCGUGUGCUGGAUGAUCGUCAGGUUCAGAUGAUGACAUCAUCCGUGUAGAACUCGCCUAAUUAACAGAUAUAUGCCAGACUCAGUUUUUUAAAAAGCCUGGCAGUGUACCAAAAAUUGCAAUGUUAAAGAUGUCAGGGAAAGGACAAUCGCACUUCUCUGAUUAAUCGGAAAUGCAGAAUUUUACGCCUAAACAUGAUUGUCUUAAAUUAUAUUGAUUUAUAACCUGCAGUUGUAAUUUCGUAGAUUUAAUAUCAUGUUGUUUACAGAACAUUUACACAUGGCUUGGUUAUUAAGAGUACUGGGUAUGGGGUCAGCUAACCCUUUCUCCAAAAUCACAGUAUUUUAAUUUCUACAGUAAUUUUACUUCAACAGUACCUUAUUAAAACAAUGAAAUGAAUACACAUUUCAGGCAGUGAUGUAACACUUCAAAUUGUCAGAUAGGGUUGUUAUCCAGUCACAGGAAGUAAAAUUGAAUGGUAAAUAGUUUUAUUUCUCCAAACUGAUCAAGAUAAAAAAUAAAAAAAUGUUUAUGUACAUAGUAGCAUUUAACUGUUUGUUAAUGCAUAGCUGAUCAGUAUGUAGCCCAUUAGUAAAGUUUAGCAAUGUGCAGAAAGUGAUCAAAAUAAGUAUCACCAUGUUGGUGUUUGUAUAACAUUGUUCUUUGUACAUUUUAUUAUUUGUGAAUAUGUGACUCAUCUUUGUAAUUAAAUUAUUUAGUCAUUAACCAAUGUUUGCAAUUUCACCGGACUUAUUAUUGGACAAUGUAUGGUAGACCUUUUUCACAUGCAGUCUACAUUGUAAAUAAAUCAUUUCUAUUGUAAAAUUAUAUUUAUAUAUAAAGCACUAGUCCUUAAUAAUUAGUCCAGGAAUGAGGACAUCAUUACGAUUCAUUCUGGUCAAAUAUGUUGUUUUAAUAAAUGAGACACUUGUUGCAUUUCA